ACUAGUGUAGAGCACACUUUGGCACUGUUCUAAAAUGUGAUGUGCUUCUAAACAACCUUUGUGAAAGCUUCAAUGCCUUUAUCCUACCUGCAAGGUCCAAGCUAGUCAUAUCAUGCUUUGAGGAUAUUAGAGUGAAGAUGAUGAAGAGGAUUGCCAUGAGGAAAGAGAAGAUGAGAAGAAUUGUAGACCCCAUCUGCCCCAAACCUAGAUAAAUUCUAGAGAAGAACAAAGUAAAGUCUACAACAGAUUGCAUCCCUUAUGGUACUGGCAGCCAACAAAUUGAGGUAGAAAGUAUUGGAGGAUCCAAAUAUGUGGUUGAUUUGAGUAGAAGAACCUGUGCUUGUAGGAGAUGGGAUCUCGCUGGCAUACCAUGCAAGCAUGCCAUAUUUGCAAUCAAUUUCAUGAGGCAAAACCCUGAAGACUAUGUCGAUGUAUCCUACCAGACAAGCACCUACAUGGCCAUUUACUCUAACACUGUGAAACCUGUUAAUGGUAUGGACUUAUGGCUCCCUUCUGAUGAACCUACCAUCCUCCCACCACAAUACAAUAGGCAGCCUGGUAGGCCAAGAACCAAAAGGAUAAAAGAUGCAUCUGAGAAGGAGACUGAUGGUCCUAAGCUUGGAAGGGUUCAAAAAUCACUGAAGUGUAGCAACUGUGGCAUUUUGGGUCACAAUAUGAAGACUUGCCAUAGGCACCAACCACCUAAGACAGCAGCAGCUAAAGGUACCAAAAAGAGAAAGCUCAACAAUGGAGAUGCAUUAACUACUCAACCUCAGCCAAAGGGUAGCAAAAGGCCCCUAAAGUCAAAGAAUGAGCUCAGAUCAAAGGCAAAGCAGAAAGCUGUGGAACAAAAGAAAAAACAUAACGAAAAGAAGGCAGCAGCAAGAGCUUCAACAGCUAGACCUACUGCAACCAAAGGUAGACCACCAAGAGCUCCCUCAAGCAAGGCUAAAGAUGCUUCUGCACAAACUUCACAAGCUUCAUCCAGGUCAUCUGUAAGGAUCAGAGAAAAUGCAAAGAGUCGUGGAAAAUAGAGUAAAGGGAUAAUCUGAUUAGCAACCAAGGUUAGGAGAUAGAGAUGCAUGUUGCAAUAUUUUUGUGCAACCUUGUGCUGUGUCACAUGGUUACUAGGUCUAAUCUUUUGCCUAGAUGAUUAGACCUAGAAUUUAUGCAACUCUUUCUGAACUGUUGUUUUUUGUUAGUUUGGAUGUACAACAAAACACAUGAUAUGCAUCUA